CUCGCCGAGCGAGAGCGAGAGAGAGAGAGAGAGAGAGCGAGCGCGCGAGCGAAAGAAAGGAAGAUAACGGCGAAGGAGAGCGAGGGCAGAGCUCGCCGGAGAAGGAGUUCAUACGCAAAUUCCUCGGCGCUGUCGCAUCCACUCUGUAGAUCUCUUGAUCGGUGUUUCUUGGUUCGGGAUCCUCCUUUAGGGUUUUGAUCCGCGGAGCGGUGAUUGGUCCAGGAAUCGAAGGAUAAAGUAUGAGCAUCGAUAGCCCUGGAGCAGCGGUGAGGUAGGAAUUCUGACCUUGGUUUGGAUCCGAACUAGGGUUCCGGCGUGAGGUCCAUGGGCGAUGGGGGAGUUGCGUGCGCGCCUUCGCAGCUUCCAAUGGUUCCUGAGGCGUUAUGCGGAGCAAACGGAGCGUUCGCGUUCAAGUCCGACAAGAAGAUGAAGAAGGCCGAGAGAGAGGAGGAAGCCGUGCGGAAGGGGGAUUCCAUCUCUGAGAGAGGACGCAAAUUGGAGGAGAAGGUGAAGACGAGGGAGCUGGAGAAAGGAGAGUUUGUGCCUGACAGGCGCCGCAAGGAGGAAUUGGAGAAAGGGGAGUUUGUCCCUGAUAAAUUGCGGAAAGUAGAGUUGGAUAAGGGAGAGUUUGUACCUGAUAAAUUGCGGAAAGGAGACUUGGAGAAGGGGGAGUUCGUUCCUGAUAAAUUAAGCAAAAGUGAGUUGGAGAGGGGGGAGUUUGUACUUGAUAAAUCAAGGAAAUUCGAGUUGGAGAAGGGAGAGUUUGUCCCUGAGAAGUGGCGAAAAGGUGAGUUGGAGAAGGGAGAGUUUGUGCCUGAAAAAUGUCGAAAAGGAGAAUUGGAGAAGGGGGAGUUUGUCCCGGACAAAUCGAGGAAAGGCGAGUUUCUGCCAGACAAAUGGAGGAAAGAGGACCUGGAAAGUGGGGAAUUUGUCCCAGAUAAAGUACGGCGAGGCAGUGAAGUUGAAAGAGGUCAGAAGGUGGAGUUGGAGAAGGGGGAGAUCCUCCCUGAUAAAUGGAGGAAAAGUGAGUGGGAGCAUGAACGCUCACCUGAGGAUUUUCAUAGGAGAAAAGAUGUUGUCCGUGGUGAGAAUGAUCACAGAAAGAAGCCCUCUUUGAAGUGGGAGAGCGGCACACAUGAGAGGGAUUUAAAAAUUAGUUCUCGAAACACUGAUGAUGAUUUGUGCCAACCCAGGUAUGAUCACAGCAAUGGGAAGGUCCAUGGGAAGGAGCACUUUUCAGGAAACUUGUGGAAAAGGCAUGGCUUUGAAUCUGAGACCAAUAGCCGCAAGCACCAUGGUGAGUUUGGUGACUAUCCAGGGUCAAAGAGCCGGAGGAUUUCAGAGGAUGUCAAUCGUUCAAAUUAUACGGAAAGGCAAGGCAGAAUUUCAUCUUCUUCUGUGUCGAAAAUGUCAUCAACAAACAGGUAUGCUUCUUCCAGGCACCAUGAAUCAGCUUUGCCAUCUCGAGCAGGCAAUGAUAGGCAGGUUAGGAGCCCUGGGCUUUCAGAACGAUCACCACAUGAGCAUGUCCGCCACCAUGAUCAUCGUGAACGGACCCCAGGAUAUUCAGAACGGUCCCCUCAUGACCGGACUCGACACCAUGAUCACAAGGACCGCAAUGUGAGUCACUCGGAACGAUCUCCAUUUGAACGAGUUCGGUAUCAUGAUCACAGGGAGCGAUCGCCUCGUGAUCGAGGACGGAUGCUUGAUCACCGAGAGAAGAGCAGGAAGAGUGGAGGAAAUGAAAAGCAACCAAACAUUCGAUGUGAUGAUAAAGUGAGUAGGAGGGACUCUGAUGGAAAAGAUAGUUACAAGAGCUCAACAAAACUACCAAGUAAUUCUAGCAUUACUUCUGAGAAAAGUUCUGAUGAUAAGUCAAACAAGGAAAAGAAGUCGAGGACUUUAAGCUUGGAUCAUGGAGAAACCCUUCUCCCUCCUCCACCCCCGCUUGCUCCUCCUCCUCCACCCCCUCCCCCUCCUUCCCAGCCUCAUGUUAAUGGGAUCAUUGAAGAGCAACCGUCAAUGGAGGAGGAUAUGGAUAUAUGUGAUACUCCACCUCAUGCAAUGUUGCCUUCUAAUUCUGAAAAUGGAAAAUGGUAUUAUCUUGAUCAUUUUGGUGUGGAGCAAGGACCAUCCAGGUUAGGUGAUCUGAAAAGUCUUGUAGAAGAAGGGGUGCUUAUUUCUGAUCACUUGAUAAAGCACUCUGAUAGUGAUCGGUGGGUAACCGUUGAAAAUGCCACUUCUCCCUUGGUGCCCUCCAACUUACCCUUUAUUGUUUCAGAUGCUGUGACUCAGAUGGCAAGUCCUCCACAGGCUUCUGGAAAUUUACUGGUUGAGGCAGGAGACGUUAGUGAGGAAGCAGCCAUCCCAGCAGUGCAGCAGGACUUGCCUGCUGUCUGUAGUUCUCUUUCUCUUGGUGUACUAGAAAAUUUUCAAAUUGAUGAGAGAGUGGAAGCCAUAUUAAAUGGCUAUAGUAUUAUUCAGGGAAAAGAACUAGAGACUAUUGGAGAAGCAUUGAACACAGUUUUCCAGCACGCAGAUUGGGAGAAAUGGGAUCAGUCUGAAGAUUUUACAAGAUCACGUUGUCGUCCUAGUGAAUUGAACAUUCAUUCAAGAGGCGAAGUUGUUGUGAAAGAAGCUUCUGAAAUCAGGUCUGGUGUGCUCUCUGAGGAGUACUCUUUUCUCAAUGUCGAUCCUAGUUACUGGUUUGCGGGACGUUGGUCUUGUAUGGGAGGUGACUGGAAGAGAAAUGAAGAAGCUGCUCAAGAUGGAUCUUACAAGAAGCGACGCGUUCUAAACGAAGGUUACCCACUUUGUCAGAUGCCAAAAAGUGGUUAUGAGGAUCCUCGCUGGCUGAGAAAAGAUGAUCUGUACACCCCUUCACGCAUCAGAAAACUUGAUCUACCUUCAUGGGCUUUCUCGUGGACAGAAGACAAGAAUGACAAUAGCAAUGACACGAGCAAAUCCAUGCUUGCAAGCAGACCAUGCCAAGUGAAACCAUUAGCUUCUAGGGGUACUAAAGGAAUUAUGCUUCCUGUUAUUAGGAUAAAUGCAUGUGUUCUUAAAGACCAUGGUUCUUUCGAACCUCGCUCACGAGCAAGAGGCGGUGAGCGCCAAACUCCUAGGGCAUCUAGGUCACAGUCUGUUGGUGGUGAUAGAAAAUCAAUUUCCGAGGCUUCCUUUCCCUUAAGGAAGCUUCAUGAUCGUGAUUUGCAAAGCUUACACAAGUGCAGGACAAUCCUUAAUGCUCCUAGAGACCAUGUUUACACAGUAGAUGAGCUUUCAUUACAUUUGGGUGACUGGUACUAUUUGGAUGGCGCUGGCCAUGAACAUGGUCCAUCAUCAUAUUCAGAACUGCAAGAGUUAGUUGCAAAAGGUACUAUCAUGAAGGAAAGCAGUGUUUUCCGUAAGGAUGAUAAUAUCUGGCUUCCAAUUAGUGACAAUGCAAUGGUCUCUGGUGCUAUCCAGAGCCAGGAAGAAGAAAUUACCUCAAGUAUGAAUUCUUCUUCUGAUACACUUCCUAAGUUGAAGGAAUCCAACAAGAGUGUGGGGGCUGCUUCUCUUCCAUUUCAUAAUUCAUAUCCUCAGUUUGUUGGAUAUACACGGGGAAAGUUACAUGAACUUGUUAUGAAAUCUUUCAAGAAUAGAGAAUUUGCUUCGGCAAUUAAUGAGGUUUUGGAUCCAUGGUUAAGUGCAAAGCAGCCAAAGAAUGAAACUGAUAAACAUUUCUCAUUCAAUUCUUCUAUAACUCGGAGCUCUGUUAUGCUACCUCACAAUUUGUCUGUGGACAAGUUCUGGAAAUCGGAGGAUGGUGUAGACAAUGUUCGUGCUGGGAAAAGGGCUCGACUGCUGUUUGAUGAAAAUGGUGAAGAAAUCAAUUGCGAAGAGGAUCUUAUAUAUGGUCAAUUGAAUGGCUGUGCUUUUGAGGAUAUAUGCACUGAAACAACAUUAUUUCCAGUUUGCAAUAUCAGUUCUCAAGCUGAAAAUGAGAACUGGGGUCUGCUUGAUGGUCGCAUUCUAGCUAGGGUCUUCCAUUUUCUGAGAUCAGACAUGAGGUCACUUGCCUUCUCUGCUGCUGCUUGUAAGCACUGGAAAAUUGCAGCCAACUUCUACAAAAGUAUAUCAAGAUGUGUUGAUCUGUCAUCUGCUGGUCCUGCUUGUACUGAUUACAUGUUUCGUGCUGUUAUGAGUGGUUAUGACAAAAAGAACGUGACAUCUGUCAACUUAUCAGGUUGCUCCAACAUUAGUGCAUCAGUACUUGAAGAAGUCCUCCAGUUAUUCUCUUGUAUAAAUUUGGUUGACAUCCGAGGAUGCAACCAGUUCAAGGACUUGAAAUUGAAAUUCCAGAAUGUGAAAUGGUUGAAGGAUUAUGGUUUAUGCAGUGCUAAGAGUCUUGAGGAUUCUCAUUCAAAAAUCAGGAGCCUUAAGCAAAUAAAUGAGAAGAGUAACUAUGCUUCAAAUUUGGAUGGGAAAGAUUCUUCAAACUACCCUUUCCGGCAGAGUGAUUAUAAGAGAACUAAGAUAUUUGAUGCUAGAAAAUCUUCCGCCCUUCUAUCAAGGGAUGCACGGAUGAGGCAAUUGCUACGCAAGAAAUCAGAAAAUGUAUACAGGAAAAUGGAAGAAUACAUCUCCUCUAGUUUGAAGGACAUCAUGAAGGGGAACAGAUUUGAAUUCUUUAGAUCCAAGGUUGCAUUAAUUGAAGAUAGGAUGACUAAGGGUUAUUAUGUUCGUCAUGGUUUGGAUUAUAUCAAGGAUGACCUCAGACGAAUGUGUCGGGAUGCAUUCAAAUCUAGAAACCGUGCUGAUGCUGCAGAUAUGAAGCAAAUUGUCAUGUUAUUCAACCAGUUGAUCAAAAGUUUGGAUGGAAAACCUAAGUCAUCCAAUGAAAGAGAUGAUAAGAUAAAAAUGCUUAAAUAUGAUUCAGAUGAUGCGCUCAAUUCAUCAACAUCGAAAAAUGGGAAAAAGCCUUAUAAAUCCUUGAACGAGAAGAGAUUUGUUAGCGGUAGUACCCACACAUCCUAUGGUAAUGGUGGGACAGAAUAUGCUGCUUAUGAUUUUGACCGUGAAACUAGAAAGAGCCUCUCAAAACUGAAUAAAAGGGAUAUGGAUUCUGAAACUGAUACAUCUGAUGAUCAUGAUGACGACCUCUUUGAAGUUGCCAAGGGUGAAAGUGAAAGUACUGAUUCAGAUACCGAAAGUGACUUGGAUUUGCAUACUGGUCGUCUAGACUAUAUUAAAGGCAAUGGGUACUUUGUGGAGGAUGAGGGCUUUGAUUCAGUAAAUGAUGAACGUGAAUGGGGUGCCCGCAUGACAAAAGCAAGCCUUGUUCCCCCAGUUACUAGGAAAUAUGAAGUUAUUGAUAGAUAUCUGAUUGUAGCAGAUGAAGAGGAAGUUCGACGGAAGAUGCAGGUAGCUUUGCCUGAGGAUUAUGCUGAAAAACUCCUUGCUCAAAGGAACAGCACUGAAGAUUCCGACAUGGAACUUCCUGAAGUUAAGGAGUACAAACCUAGGAAGGUGCUAGGGGAACAAGUUUUAGAGCAAGAGGUUUAUGGCAUUGAUCCUUAUACUCACAAUCUCCUUCUUGACUCAAUGCCAGAAGAAUCAGAAUGGUCUCUCAUUGAUAAGCACAAAUUUAUUGAAGAGGUGCUUUUGCCAUCCCUGAAUAAGCAAGUUAGGCAUUUUACUGGUACUGGAAAUGCUCCAAUGGUUUAUCCUUUGCGACCAAUUUUUGAAGGAAUUCAGACGGCUGCAGAAGAAGAAGGCAACCUUCGCAUUGUGAAACUGUGCCAGACCAUCAUAAAAGCCAUUCACAACCGCCCUGAUGAUAAAUAUGUUUCUUAUAGAAAGGGGCUUGGAGUCGUUUGUAACAAAGAGGAAGGAUUUAGUGAAGAUGACUUUGUUGUUGAGUUCCUGGGAGAGGUGUAUCCAGCUUGGAAAUGGUUUGAAAAGCAGGAUGGGAUCAGGUCUUUGCAGAAAGACAGUACGGAUCCUGCACCUGAGUUUUACAACAUAUAUUUAGAGAGACCAAAGGGAGACCGUGAUGGAUAUGAUUUGGUGGUUGUUGAUGCUAUGCAUAAGGCAAAUUAUGCAAGCAGAAUAUGCCAUUCAUGUAGGCCAAACUGUGAAGCAAAGGUAACUGCUGUGGAUGGUCAUUACCUGAUUGGAAUAUACUCUGUGCGGCCUAUUGGUUAUGGCGAAGAGAUUACAUUUGAUUACAACUCGGUAACCGAGAGUAAGGAAGAAUAUGAAGCCUCAGUUUGUCUGUGUGGUAGUCAAGUUUGUAGAGGAAGCUAUCUGAAUUUGACUGGUGAAGGGGCUUUCCAGAAGGUACUAAAGGACUCUCAUGGUAUGCUUGACCGGCAUAAAUUGAUGUUAGAGGCUUGUGAAGCAAAUUCUGUUUCUCAAGAAGACUACAUUGACUUAGCGAGAGCUGGUCUAGGCACUUGUCUGCUUUCUGGCCUUCCUGAAUGGCUAGUUGCAUACUCAGCUCAUUUGGUGAGGUUUAUUAAUUUUGAGAGAACAAAACUUCCGGGGGAGAUUUUAAAGCAUAACCUGGAAGAGAAGAGGAAGUUCUUUCCUGAUAUUUGUCUUGAUGUUGAGAAAAGCGAUGCCGAGAUUCAGGCUGAAGGUGUUUACAAUGCUAGGCUCCAAAACAUGGCUCUUACUAUUGACAAGGUAAGAUAUGUCAUGAGAAGUGUGUUUGGAGACCCUACAAGUGCGCCUCCACCAUUGAAGAAGCUCUGCCCUGAAGACAUAUUUUCUUUUCUUUGGAAUGGGGAAGGCUCAUUGGUUGAUGAGCUACUUCAGUGUAUGGCUCCACAUGUCGAUGGGAACGUGCUCAAUGACCUCAAGUCUAAGAUUCAUGCUCAUGAUCCAUCAGGUUCUGAUGAUCCCCGUAAGGAACUGAAGAAGUCUUUAUUGUGGUUAAGGGAUGAGCUCAGAAGCCUUCCAUGCACACAUAGGUGCCGGCAUGAUGCUGCUGCUGACUUGAUCCACAUGUAUGCCUAUACGAAGUGCUUCUUUGAAGUCAGGGAAUACAAGACUGUCCAGUCUCCCCCAGUUUACAUCAGCCCUCUUGAUUUGGGUCCAAAAUAUGUUGAUUCGAUGGGGUCAGGCUUUCGUGAAUACUGCAAAACAUAUGGUGAAAACUAUUGUUUAGGACAGCUGAUUUAUUGGCAUAGCCAGACAAGUGCAGAUCCAGAUAGCAGCUUAGCUAGAGCUAGGAGGGGAUGCUUAUUAAUGCCUGACAUAUCCUCCUUCUAUGCCAAGUCUCAGAAGCCAUUAAGGGAAGAUGUCUAUGGUCCGAGGACCUUGAGGUUCAUGCUUUCCAGAAUGGAGAAACAACCUCAGAGACCUUGGCCCAAGGAUCGGAUAUGGGCGUUCAAGAGCAACCCGAGAAUUUUCGGGAGUCCAAUGCUGGAUGCUGUGAUGAAUAAGUGCCCCCUGGAUAAGGAGAUGAUGCAUUGGCUGAAAAGCAGGCCGAGUGUACAUCAAGGUGCGUGGGAUGGUUAACAGCUUCAAUCUUUAUUUCUUUAUAUUCCUGAUUCCUGAAUGAUAGAUAAGAUUUACUCACCCAAGUCGUUCCCAUUCUAUUGGCUAACUCCCUUCCCAAACGCUGGCAUUGCUGAUCACUUGAUCAAGUCCACAGCCUACUCCCCCCUCUGUACAGCGUCCUCUGUAAUUUGUAUUCAUUAUUGGGUAGCACAGCAUUGGUUUUAAGUUAGAUGUCAUUUUGAUUUUUGCUUACUCCCAAGGUUGCUCAUUCAUUUGUACAAUCUCAUGUUAUUAACCAGAAGUAGAGAGUUGCAUGAGCAUGUCUCUCCCAUCUUAUUUCCAUGGGAAUGCUCUUCUGAAGCUUGCUUGUUCCAUUUCUGUGGAGAACUCUAUAUUCAGCUCCUCGUAACAAUCAUUAUUUGUUCUAUUCCA